AUGGUUUCGACAUGGACAGCGCUGUUGCUUUCCGGAAUCGCAGCCCUGCAGGUACAAGCGCAAACAGUGCCCACCCCCACCGAUCUUGUGGGUACGUGGAACAGCAAGGCGAACUCGACAUCGACCGGCCCUGACUUCUACAACCCCGUCGAGGAGAGGUUCACAGAACCAAAGCAUCCAGGAAUCAGCUACUCUUUUUCCGCAGACGGCCACUUUGAGGAGGCAUACUACCGAGCCAUUGCGAACCCACAAAACCCAAAGUGUCCCAAAGGCAUAAUACAAUGGCAGCACGGCUCCUUCGAGAAACUCGCGAACGGCUCUCUAGUCCUAUCUCCGAUCAAAGUGGACGGCCGACAACUCUUCUCUGACCCAUGUUCAUUCAAGAACGCAAUCUACACACGCUACAACGCGAGCGAGCUAUUCGAGGUACUAUUCCUUCCUCGUGCUCACGCAAAGAUCAGUUCGCUAAUGAAUCAUCAGCGCUACGAAGUACUCACAGACCCUUACCACAAGAUCCCUCGCCUGAACCUCUACAAGUUCGACGGCUCACCCAUCAUGCCUCUCUACCUCGCCCAGUCGCCCCCCAAAAUGCUCCCGACAACCACCCUCAACCCGCUCACCACUGCAACCUCGAAGCCCGGCAAAGUCAAGCGCGGAGAGCUGCCCAGCCCCCAAGACGUGCUCUUCAAGAGAUCAACAACCGGAGCAUACCGCGCCGACAAUUGGUGGUGGUUUGGCGUCCUCAUGACCGCAAGUGGUAGCAUACUGUACUUGUUCUUCUGA